CAUGCACACACGCUCUCCCUCUCUCACGCUCGCACACACACGUAGAGAGUUUGGACAGGUGCGACCAUCAGAGGCAAUCCACCUACCUGUCGCAAGAUGGCUGCCUCCCCUUUGCAGAAAGAGCAGUUCACUAUAGCUGUGGUUGGAAGUGGGCUGGUAGGUCGCAGCUACGCCAUGUUGUUCGCCAGCGCCGGAUAUGACGUCAGAGUGUAUGACGCCAGCAAAGAGCAGCUGCAGAGGGCGGUAGCGGAUAUGGAGCAGCAGUUGUCGGCCCUGGCGGCGGACGGCCUACAGCGAGGCUGCCUGACAGUUCAGCAGACGAUGGCUCACGUGACCGCCACCGACAGCCUGGAGGACUGCGUGACCGGGGCCCGCUACAUCCAGGAAUGCGUGCCAGAAGAUAAAGAUCUCAAACGAGGUGUAUGGCAGAAGAUUGAUGAUAUGAUGGAGUCAAGCGAUGUGGUGAUGGCGAGCUCAACGUCCGGAAUCGUGCCGUCGCUGUUAUCCGAUCACUUACGUCACAGACACCGGUUCCUGGUGGCUCAUCCGGCCAAUCCUCCGAUGCUCAACCCUAUGGUGGAGCUGGUGCCUGCCCCGUGGACUGAUCCCAGCGCCGUGGCUGAGGCUCGAACCCUGAUGGAACAGGUGGGACAGGUGCCCAUUGUGUUGAAGAGAGAGAUCGAGGGUUUCGUUCAGGCCAGAAUACAAGCUGCCAUUUUCCAUGUUGCCUGGCAACUGAUCGCGGAGGACUACGUCGAUCCCCUGGAUGUAGAGACAGCGAUGCACGAAGGUGUAGGUGCGUGGUACGCCUUCAUGGGACCCUUCAGCGCCGAGCACAUCAACGCCAAUGGGUGGCUGGACCUGUGCAGCAAGUACGCUCAGGUGGUGCACCGGGUGCAGCAGACGUUUUCUCCUCCGCAACCCAUGCAGGGCCCCGCCGCUACCCGCCUGGCACGAGAGCUGGAGCGCUGGACACCACGUGACCGACUGGCUGAGCGCUGUGCAUGGCGGGACAGAUGCAUGGCGGCGCUGCUGCGCCUGAGACAGACGCUGGACAGAGAGGAGCAGGAAGCGGAACAGCCCGUCUCGUGAAGUGCUGCUGACAGUCGGAACUGUUUCAGUUUGUCAGAAGUCUCCCCCCAAUCAUUAUGAUUCUCCAAAUAAUAAUCAAAAUAAAAUCAUCGUCGUCAUAAAGACUGACAUUAAACAGUGACACUAGUCUGUAUGUCGCCAUGACUACAUUGAGUGUAAACCAGAGGUGAUGUCAUCUGAAACAGAAUAAAGUUUUGGUAGCCUACUGAUGGACAUUUCUUUGCA